AUGUCCGGCGAAACAAUAAUUAUUGAAGAAAACAAUUUGUUGAAUUUAUCCAAUGAUGUGCGUGAUGCUUCAACCUCACCCAAUCAUGGUUCUAGCCCGGAAUCAUUAUCAAGCUCCACAUCUAUAUCACCGAAUCGAAAUCAAAUUACGACAAUUACCGGCCAAUUGACCGAAUUAAAUAAAGGUAUAACAGAUAUGAGCCAUAAAAUGGAUCAGUUUCUUGCUGUGAAUAGUAAAGUCGUUGAAGAUAUGAAUGGGAAAAUUGAUAAAUUUCUGGACUCCAGUGGUAAAGUCAUUGAAGAUAUGAAUGGAAAAAUUGAUAAAUUUCUGGACGCCAGUGGUAAAGUCAUUGAAGAUAUGAAUGGAAAAAUUGAUAAAUUUCUGGACGCCAGUGGUAAAGUCGUUGAAACAAACGACAAAUUGUUGAAAUUCAACCAAAAAUUGGUUGUAUGGUCCAACGUAGUUUUAUCAUCGUUCGUAAGUUAUUUCUAUUUCAAUUAA